GCGGAAGAGAAGAAACUUUAGUAAACAGGCCACGGAGAUUUUGAACGAAUACUUUUAUUCACACUUGAGUAACCCCUACCCCAGUGAGGAGGCAAAAGAAGAGCUUGCUAAGAAAUGUGGAAUAACGAUUUCGCAGAUUUCUAAUUGGUUUGGUAACAAGCGAAUCAGGUACAAGAAGAACAUUAGUAAAGCACAAGAGGAGGCUAACAUGUACGCAGCCAAGAAAGCCGCAGUAGGUGGCUCUGCCGCAUAUAGUAUGGUACCAUCGACCCAAGGACAGAUGAUCAGUCCGCCUCCACCACUUGGAGUAGUGCCACCUAGUGACGGAAUGUAUAGCAUGAGCAUGAACGGAAGCGACUCGUACCAGUCCGUCUCUUCAAUGGGCACUGGUGUACAAUCACAGGUGAGGUCAGUUCCGUUUUAA